AGAAUCCGGCUUCCCUCUCGUCGCGUCUUCCGCUCGCCGCCGACCUCGACCUCGCCUCGCCUCCACGUCUCCUUCCUACCUCGCGCCAAGCAAAGGCCACCGCCACCGCGCGUCCGGCGGAGCCCUUUAUCAGGCCGCGCCCGCUGCUGGGCGGGACCUCUCCCUCCCUCCCUUUCCACUCCACCUCCAAUCCUCCUCCCCGUCCACAGUCCACAGCAGAACCCGUUGCCGUUGCAGGCGUAAGGGGGCGAUCGCGCUUGAUUUUUAGCGCUCUCCUGUGAGCCUCCGGCUGCGGCGUCGCAGAGAUGGGCUGUGCCCCGGUGGUGUGGGCCGCGGUGUGGUUGCUUGCUGCCGCGGUGGCAGGGUUCGCCGAUCCCGGCGGCCUCGAGCGCGCGUUUCCAAUAGUGAAGCCAGACUACGGGCACACGAAACUCCAACUCGCAAAAGAAGGUCUGGAAGCAAUUCAGAGGAUCAGAACUCCAAUAGCUGCUGUUUCUGUUAUUGGCCCCUAUCGGUCGGGCAAAUCUUUUCUUCUCAACCAACUUCUCUCCCUAUCAUGUGACAAUGGUUUUGGAGUUGGACACAUGCGGGAUACAAAAACAAAAGGUAUAUGGGUAUGGGGUUCCCCCGUUGAGGUGGAUAUCGGUGGCUCCAAGGUGUCUGUUCUAUACCUGGACACCGAAGGAUUUGAGAGUGUUGGAAAAUCAAAUGUAUAUGAUGAUAGGAUAUUUGCUCUGGCAACUGUUUUAAGUUCUGUUCUGAUCUACAAUCUUCCUGAAACAAUUCGUGAAGCCGAUAUAUCGAGACUUUCAUUUGCCGUCGAAAUUGCUGAAGAAUUCUAUGGAAGAGUCAAGGGGCAAGAUGUUGCUUUUGAGCCAGCCAAACUUCUGUGGUUGAUCCAGAGGGAUUUUCUCCAAGGAAAAUCGGUUCAGCAGAUGGUUGAUGAAGCUCUCCAACGGGUACCUAACAACAAUGGAGACACAAAUAUUGACGAGCUCAACCAAAUCAGAGACUCUUUGGCGGUUAUGGGAGAUAACAGUACAGCUUUUAGCUUACCACAGCCUCAUCUGCAAAGGACAAAGUUAUGUGAUAUGGAGGACCAGGAACUUGAUCCGUUGUAUGUAAAGAAGAGGGAUCAGUUGAAAGAAGUCGUUGCAUCCAUGAUAAAACCAAAAAUUGUGCAGGGUAGAACUCUGAAUGGAACAGAGUUUGUAUCCUUCCUAGGGCAGAUAGUUGAUGCUUUGAAUAAAGGUGAAAUUCCAUCAGCCGGGUCGCUGGUUGAAAUUUUCAAUAAGGCCAUUCUUGAACGUUGCUUGAAGGUGUACAGUGAAAUAAUGGGCAGAGCAGGUCUACCAGUGUCAGUGGAUGAACUUCGGGAGUUCCACGACCUGGCAAAAGAUGAAGCUAGAAGGCUUUUCAACAAGCAGCAUUUCGGUAAACAUCAUGCUGCUCGGUCCAUCCUCAAGCUUGAUGAAGAGAUUAAAAAGGUGUACAGAAACUUGGGCCAAGCUAACGAGUAUCAGUCAUCAAAGCUGUGCGAAGCACGGUUCUCAGAGUGCGAAGAUAAAAUGGAACGACUCCAAGUCUUGAAGCUUCCGUCCAUGGCGAAAUUUGAUGCCGGAUUCCUUCUCUGCAAUCGAAGUUUUGAAACGGACUGUGUGGGGCCAGCCAAGGAAAGCUAUCGACACCGGAUGUCAAAGAUGCUGGCAAGGUCCCGUGCUCUUUUCAUCAAGGAGUACAACAACAAGCUCUUCAACUGGCUCGCCAUAUUCUCCCUGGCCAUGGUUGUCGUUGGGCGCUUCUUGGUCAAGUUCUUCCUGCUCGAAGUUGCUGCGUGGGUGAUGUUUGCCUUCCUAGAGACAUACACGAGGCUGUUCUGGUCGUCGGAGUCCCUGUACUACAACCCCGCCUGGCACGCGAUCGUCUCUUCUUGGGAAACCGUCGUCUACAGCCCCGUUCUUGAUCUUGACAGAUGGGCGUUCCCGAUCUGCGCUGUCCUGUUGUUUUUGGCGUUUUAUUGGCGUUGCCUCGGUGGAAGGAGGGGAAUUGCCCGGUCACUGCUACCUCUGUACAACGGGGCUUAUUACAGAAGCUCCAGUCGCACAAGAACAGACUGAUCCCUCGAACCAUGCGCACAAUCACACCAUUAGCGUGCACAUAUAGUUGUAUCAUGCUUAUUCCAACACUGCAUUCUUCGAUUAUGAGUCAAAACUCGGGUGUUGCUGUAAAUAUGAAACCCAGAAGGUUUGUCAAUUGUAUAAAUAUAUGGCUGCUUGCU